AUGAGUUUGAUUUCUCAAAUGAGCCAUCUUAAAUCCUCCGCUGGAUUUGACGAUGGAAAAUCGGAAAAAUCUGAUCGAUCAGACGAUCACUUCGUGUUCGACUCAUCGGAAGAUGAAGAAAUUUCAAUGAUAUUCGGUUUCAAGGAAGAUGAAGCACGCAAUCGACUGCUCAGUUUCCCGAAAACCACGCGUCUGGUCAUUAGUCCGGAUCUUCAAGCGGAAAUCGGGAUGGAAAUUGGGAAGGCAGUUAGUGUAGAGCACCCGUGGAAGGAAAUCAAGAAAGAAGUUCUUGAGGAUCACAUUCCGGACAAAACAAAAGAGCAAAAACAACUUAAGGAUAAGCUGAAGGAACUAAAUCCGGGAAAGCUUAUUCUGGUUGGAUACCUGCCGGAACUGUCUACAGAAGAAGAUACGUUUGUCGUUUUCGUGGACGAUCGCGAAACGAAGGAAGCUAGUGAUCUCAUACGGCGAAUUGAAGUACUUGAGCGGCAUAAAGCACGAGGGGUUUUGAAAAAACGUCCCAGAAAAUGGCAAGAUCAGGGCAGCCAUGCGAAGGUUUUGUCUUUCAUUCCAGUUCAGCGCACCAAUAUUGUUAAUCUGGAAACCCAAAGCAUAUUUCCAGUCAAACGGUGCAGUUAUGUGUUCACAAAUCGCUUUGUGAAAGAUGUUCGUGAUGGUUAUGUUGAGUUGGUCCCCGGCAAAUUACGCUUCAACAAUAUUCAGCGUAAGCUUGUGGACUUUGCUGUCCAAAUAGGUCCUCCCAAAGUUCACCAAUAUCAGCAGACGGAUCCUACCUUUCCGACUAACGCGUGGUCUCAGUAUCUAUACGAGAUCACAGAUGAGGAGAGGGAAGCGGCCAAUAAAUCGACGGUUGCCACUGGAAAUGAUAAUCAAGCGCCGAAGCCUAAUAGCUAUGUUCAGGAGUUACUCAAUACACUGGAGUUCAAUCAAGUUGACAUGUAUAAGAAUGAUUAUCCUUGCAUUUCGUAUAAAAAAGUGCAGAAAUAUCAGACACCCAUUGUGGAGGAAUGCUUUUGCUUUUCUGAUCGUGCAAAAUGCGGAAAACGUUAUGUGUCGGCUAUCGAUUGGCAUCCUGUAUUGUCUGGAAUACUUGUAGCUGCAUACAACUUCGAAACACUUUGCACUAUCAAACACGACGGAGAAUCGGACACGAACCCAAUUGAUCUUGUUAAUCGGAUUGUGUUUGAAAAUUGUCCAGUACUGAUGUGGUGCUUUGAUGACACGCUCAACCCAAAAUUGGAGCUAAGAUCCGAUCGAGAAGUUACAGCGCUGUCCUUUUGUCCGUAUGAUGGUAACCUGCUUCUGGGAGGACUAGUGACUGGACAAAUUAUUAUUUGGGAUCUGAGCAGGCAACUGGAUAGAGUUGAGAGGGUUGAAGAUAUAUCUCCCACCCAACUUCAGUACCGUCGAGAAAUUAAAGCAAUGAUGGGAUUGUUCAAGGACGAGGUUGAUCGUACAGUGGAACCAGUUGCGAUCAGUGCAAUGGAUAAAUCUCCCAGAAGAUCGAUAACGGUUAUUAAAUGGCUGCCUCGGAACACUUAUUGUGCCGGUACUGGGCAGAUACGGGCUGUCGACGAUAAACUGCACCGUUUUAUUAUGACUGCGUCGGUUGAUGGUUCGGUCUGCUUCUGGGAUUUGGACUUUAGUCCUCCAGCUUCAAAAACAACACAAACGUCCAAAACUGUUAUGGAUGGGAAGAAGUCUGCUUAUCAACAUCUAGAUAACGCAUUCCAUCCAAUAUUCAGAGUAAAGUGUGAAACAUCAGUUACCUCAAUCUCAGUAGAUGAGGCACUUUUUCAAUAUGUGCCGGAUGAGAUACCGAAAGAACUGUCUUCCAGAGUAGUUCAUCGAGCCACAUCGAUAGCUGUUGAGUUUCGCAUGAAAGUGGUAUAUGGGAGCCUAAUGGGUGGAAUUGCAUGCGGCACCUGGCAGGGACAUGAUUUCGAUCAAGGUACAGGAACCAACGAGGAGGCAAUGAAGACUGACAAGACUUUUGCAUCGAUUCAUGAUGGUCCGGUGAUUGCGGUUGAGAGAAAUCCAUUCUGCAUGGAUAUAUUCUUGUCCAUCGGAGGACGCGUUUUGGCAGUGUGGAGUGAAAAAUGUGUUAGCUCAGCGAUAUUUUGGAGAAAACGGAAGGCACGCCUGACGGCUGGUCGGUGGAGUUUGGAUCGAGCGGCAGUUUUCUUCAUUAUUGACAGUAAUGGUAAUUUUGAGAUUUGGGAUUUAAGUGUGAGAAUUGACAUGCCGUGCCUGGUAACGAGUUUAGGUGGACACAUGCUCUCCUAUUUGUCGCAGCAUAAGCUAUCAGCUACGAAGAAGUUCCUUGCAGUGGCAGAUUACAACAGUAAUAUAAGAAUUUUGAUAAUUCCUAGCGCGUUUUCGGAGCCUUUUCCAAAUGAAAAGAAGAAAUUCCGGAAGUUCAUCCAACAUCAAUUAUCUUGCCGAGAGUUGCAGGACAAAUGGAUUCAAAACUACUAUGAGGCUCACAAAGACAGUAUCGAUGCACAAUUGAAAGCGAAGCGUGAAGCAAAGGAAAUGGCAGAGCGAAUGGAGGUGGAACAGAAGGAAAGAGAUGAAUUCUUGAAACGCCAAGCGAUUGAAGAGGCAAAGAAAAAAUCAAUGCGAGAUGCUGAGAAACGAGUCGACAUGGCCAAACGCUCAGAUGCUAGAUGGAGGCAUAAAAGUUAUAAACGAUUACUGCGCAGCAUGAUGGAGAGAAGAAACAUUAAUCCGGGACAGUUGGCGAAACAAAUGCACCCAGAGAAAGAAAUACGAAAAUAUAAUGAAGAAAAACAGGUCGCAAUUGCCGAAGAUUUGGCACGAAUCGAACAGGAUUAUGAAGAGGUUAAAGCUCAGCUUAUACCGGUCAAGAAAGUAGUGGUAACCAGAACAGAACAGCUGAAGGAGAAAAUACAGAAGUUUAAGGAUGAGAUAGCAGACUACACGCGAGUGGAGAUAGAAGCGAGAGAGGUUCUGGAGAAUUUUCAACUGCCACCGGUUGCGUGUUUCACGGAUAUUUUAAUCAAGGGAAGACAAAGGAGGGAUAUAAUUAAUCGUGACUUGGGCGCUAAUCUCGUACAUUUAGAAAGUUAUCAGCGUAAAAAAAUGCAGAGGAAAGCGGAUAUUAGUGAGGGAUAUGCUGAUGUCGAGAGCACAACCAGUGUUACGAGUCCUGAUGCAUUGCAACGGGCGCGUUCGGUUACAUUUAUUGAUGAUGUUCCACAGGGGCUCGUCGAACCUUUGGCUGGGGAGCAAGAACCUGAAUCGGAACGUAAAAACACACCAAUAACAGAUGAAUGAAUCAAACAUCGUAAUCCAACUGAGCCUGAUGCUAAUGUGUGUAACAAUAUACAAAUAUAAAACAAUUGAGAUAUGUAUUACGUAAGUUAUUAAGUCGACUUCAUUGUCGGUUAUAGAUUCAUUAGUCGAAGGCAUAGAUUUUAAUUGCCGAUUCUUUAAAAGCAGUCUCUCGUAUAUGCGACAUAUUCAUCAACCUAGAAGUCACAUAUGAUACGUUCGGCUGACUAGAGCUAUUUACAACUCCAAGACUGAGAAAAAAGUCUUUAUGCAUGCAAUUUGUGAAGAA